UGAUGUCAUGAUGAAGAUGAUGUCAUGAUGAAGAUGAUGAAGAGGAGGGUGCUCUGACUGUUGUCUGUCUGUCUGGAUGGAGGAUGUGGUUCUGCAUUAUCAUUCUGGACCAGCAGAGGGGCUCAGCUCUCUGUUAGAGACAACAGAGAAGCUCCUGGCGCCCUUCACCUGUCGGACCCCCCCGGUCUUCACCCCCUGGUUCCCCACCUCAGCGGGAGACCCCCGGCUGCCCCUCAGACCUGCCAGACCCGCUCCUCGUAUCACGUCGGCUGACGUCCCCACGGUGACGACGUGUCAAACAGGAAACAGAGUCCAGAGAGACGUCAGCGAUCGUCUCACAGUCCGUUCAGAACCUCCGCCUGAACAAACUGAAGACCCCCUCUGUGUCUCAGAGACACCAGACAACCUCCUCCCCGACAGAGACCCCCCCACACCGGGACAACAACCUGACACGGUGAAAGAGGCGUCCCCCGUCAGCCGGUCCUGGAGCGUCUUCACUCAGAGACGAGCUCUGCUUCAGACACAGUCUCUGUCCAAACGUUUCCGUGUCCUGGUGUCCCUCCACGGGCUCCACCUCCGCCAGAGGGCCCGGUGGGUCCUGACCCGGGACAACUGCAGGGACAUCGACACGGUGUGGCGCUCUCUGAGCCGCUCCAUCCGGAGCUCCAGGCUGCCGUCGUGUAACGCCAACAUCCAGAGGGAGCGGGCGGAGAUCUGGGUGUUCUGUGACGUCCUGUUCUCGGAGCAGGUGGGCCGCUUCCUGAAGGACGAGCUGCAGCUGUCGGGAACCAUCAGCCUGUCGGUCCGAGAGCUGGGAGACAUCUUCAGCUUGUAAAGACACUCACCUGGUGGUGGGCUCGCUCCGGCCAGCUGAGGUGGUUCAGUAAGGACCCCUCCCCCUACCUGUUCUGAGGAAUGGGCAACAACAAUACAACCGCUAAGCUAACAAGGUGAGAAUGUUAGCCGCCAUCUUGGUAGGUGCUCUUCAGGAGAACCUAACUGUAAACAUCUAAAGACAAACAAAACAACGAAAUAUUCACAUGUUUGUGACGUCAUAAAACAUCUGACGUGGUUAAAAAUGAGCAACAGAUUGGGUUCAGGAGUUCGGUGGUACCAGGUUCUGCAGGGAGUGGAAGGUAACACCUGAGUUUAAGGUGUGUGAGCUGGAUUUGUCACAUUACUUUUUAAUUAGACGCUGCUCGUGUUCCAACAGGUAACCAUCACUGAAACCGACACCUUUAGAACCAGAACACAAAGGCUUUGACAGAACCAAUGAACUGGACCUCUUCUGCUUCUCAUCCAGAACCCUCUCUGUUCAAACAGCUCAGAUUAUUUAUAAUCUGUGUUUGAUUUAAUUUAAACUCAUGACACGAGAGGUUGGGAUGAACCCAGAGAAACCCUGGAACAGGAUAAACGGGACGUAAAGAAACGUGUUUGGAAAUAAUUUUAAAGAGUCUGACUAUCCUUUAAAUACAAAAAAUCAAAGAAAAUAUCUUCAUAUUUAGGGAAGUUGUCCUAAAACACAGGAUUUAACCCAUUUUGUCACAUAACUGACAUCUUUUCCUUUGAAUUUGGCUCAGCUAAAGUGAAACAGGAAGUGACA